AUGAUGCAAAGCUCCGCGCUCGCUGCCGAAGGGGCUGUCAAGGGGCUUCCCGAGAUCCUCGGUGUGCCGGUGCAACAGAUCCCCCAGUGCGCCGGCUGCAACCAGCACAUCCUGGACAAGUUCAUCCUCAAGGUCCUGGACCGGCACUGGCACAGCUCCUGCCUCAAGUGCGCCGACUGCCAGAUGCAGCUGGCCGAGCGCUGCUUCUCCCGGGCCGGCAGCGUCUACUGCAAGGAGGAUUUCUUCAAGCGUUUCGGGACCAAAUGCACGGCGUGCCAGCAGGGCAUCCCCCCAACGCAGGUGGUCCGCAAAGCCCAGGACUUCGUGUACCACCUGCACUGCUUCGCCUGCAUCAUCUGCAGCCGGCAGCUGGCCACGGGCGACGAGUUCUACCUGAUGGAGGACGGGCGGCUGGUCUGCAAGGAGGACUACGAGACCGCCAAGCAGAACGAUGACUCGGAGGCGGGCGCGAAGCGACCCCGGACCACCAUCACUGCCAAGCAGCUGGAAACGCUGAAGAACGCCUACAAAAACUCCCCCAAGCCCGCCCGACACGUGCGGGAGCAGCUCUCCUCCGAGACGGGACUUGACAUGAGGGUCGUGCAGGUGUGGUUCCAGAACCGGCGGGCCAAGGAGAAGCGGCUGAAGAAGGACGCGGGGCGGCAUCGCUGGGGGCAGUUCUACAAGAGCGUGAAGCGGAGCCGCGGCGCGGGGAAGCUGGAGAAGGAGAGCUCGGCCGAGGAGUGCGGCGUGAGCGACAGCGAGCUCAGCUUCCGCGAAGAGCAGAUCCUCUCCGAGCUCGGCCACAACAACAGGGUGUACGGCUCCGCGGGGGACGUGGCGGGCGGACAGUUGCUGAACGGCGGCUUCUCCAUGGAGGGCACGGGGCAGACGUACCAGGACUUGCGGGACGGCAGCCCCUACGGCCUCCCGCAGUCGCCGUCCUCCAUCUCGUCGCUGCCGGCCCACCCGCCCUUGCUCAACGGGCUGGACUAUGCCAUGGACGGCAGCCUGGGGCUGGUGGCCCCCGGGGCGCAG